AUGUCUCGGCAGUCUGUCUGUAGAAGCUUUGGAGGUGGGAGUAGAAGGGGCUACAGCUCUUGCUCUGCCAUCGGUGGUGGCUUUGGAGGAGGUGGCAGCAGAAGCAGGACGAGCUACAGUUCAUACUCCACAUCCAGGGGAUUUGGAGGUGGUGGAGGACGUUGUGGAGGAUUUAGCAGCAGGAGCCUCCAUAAUAUAGGCAGCAGUGGAAGGAUUGCCAUGGGUGGAUGUUAUGGCGGCUAUGGAGGCUAUGGAGGCUAUGGAGGCAGAAUUGGCUUUGGUGGUGGCUUUGGAGGACUAGGUGGUGGAGGAGGAAUGGGUGGCUUUGGUGGAGGACUAGGUGGUGGAGGAGGACUGGGUGGCUUUGGUGGAGGACUGGGUGGCUUAGGUGGAGGAAUGGGUGGUGGAGGAAUAGGUGGCUUUGGUGGCCCUGGAUUCCCUGGAGGCAUCCAUCCGGUGCAGGUUGACCAAAGCCUGCUGCAGCCAGUUCGUGUUGAGAUUGACCCUCAGAUCCAGCAAGUGAAAAACCAGGAGAAGGAACAGAUCAAGACUCUUAACAAUCAGUUUGCCUCCUUCAUUGAUAAGGUUCGCUUCCUGGAGCAACAGAACAAGGUCCUCUCCACCAAGUGGGAGCUCCUGCAACAGCAAGGGCCUUCUGGGCCAAGGAAGAACCUCGAUGUCAUCUUUGAAAAUUACAUCCAGAACUUGAGGAGGCAGCUGGACUCAAUCUUGGCACAGAGGGGACAACUGGAAUCAGAACUGCAGAACAUGCAGCAAUAUGUUGAAGAUUACAAAACCAAGUAUGAGGAAGAGAUCAACAGGCGCACUGCUGCCGAGAAUGAGUUUGUAGUACUCAAGAAGGAUGUGGACUGUGCCUAUAUGACUAAAGUAGAGUUGGAAGCAAAGGUGGGAGCUCUGACAGAUGAAAUCAACUUCCUGAGGUGCAUCUACGAGGAGGAGUUGUCUCAGAUGCAGACAAUCAGCCGGGACCUGUCUGUGGUGGUGUCUAUGGAUAACAGCAGGCACCUGGAUCUGGACAGCAUCAUUGAGGAAGUCCGACGCCAGUAUGAACAGAUUGCUCAGAGCAGCAGAGCUGAGGCUGAGGCUUGGUACCAGAGCCAGUAUGAACAGCUGCAGAGCACCGCUGGAAGGCAUGGGGACAGCCUCCGCAACACCAAGAUAGAGAUCCAAGAGCUGACCCGCAACAUCCAGAGGCUGCGGGCCGAAAUCGAGAAUGUGAAGAAGCAGAACCAGCAGCUGCAGGCCGCCAUUGCUGAGGCAGAGGAGCGGGGCGAGAUGGCCCUCAAGGAUGCCAGGAUCAAACUGGAAGAGCUGGAAUCCGCCCUGCAGAAAGACAAGGAGGAGUUGGCUCGCUUGCUGAAGGAAUACCAGGAGCUGUUGAAUGUUAAGAUUGCAUUGGAUGUUGAGAUUGCCAUGUACAGGAAGCUGCUGGAGGGAGAGGAGAGCAGGUUGUGUGGAGAUGGCAUGUCCAACGUGAAUGUCUCUGUGGUAGGCAGGACCAGCAUCUCUGGAGGCAGAGGAAUCGUAGGAGGCGGCUUUGGAGGCGGCAGCGGCAUAGGAGGAGGCUUUGGAGGUGGAAGCGGCAUAGGAGGAGGACUAGGUGGUGGAGGAGGAAUGGGUGGCUUUGGUGGAGGACUAGGUGGUGGAGGAGGAAUGGGUGGCUUUGGUGGAGGACUGGGUGGCUUAGGUGGAGGAAUGGGUGGUGGAGGAAUAGGUGGCUUUGGUGGCCCUGGAUUCCCUGGAGGCAUCCAUCCGGUGCAGGUUGACCAAAGCCUGCUGCGGCCAGUCCACGUUGAGAUUGACCCUCAGAUCCAACAAGUGAAAAACCAGGAGAAGGAACAGAUCAAGACUCUUAACAAUCAGUUUGCCUCCUUCAUUGAUAAGGUUCGCUUCCUGGAGCAACAGAACAAGGUCCUCUCCACCAAGUGGGAGCUCCUGCAACAGCAAGGGCCUUCUGGGCCAAGGAAGAACCUCGAUGUCAUCUUUGAAAACUACAUCCAGAACUUGAGGAGGAAGCUAGAGUCUCUUCUGGGACAGAGGGGACAGCUGGAGUCUGAACUGCAGAGCAUGCGGCAAUACGUUGAGGAUUACAAGACCAAGUAUGAAGAAGAAAUCAACAGGCGCACGGCUGCUGAGAAUGAGUUUGUGGUGCUCAAGAAGGAUGUGGACUGUGCCUACAUGACCAAAGUAGAGUUGGAAGCAAAGGUGGGAGCUCUGACUGAUGAAAUCAACUUCCUGAGGUGCAUCUACGAGGAGGAACUGUCUCAGAUGCAGACAAUCAGCCGGGACCUGUCUGUGGUUGUGUCUAUGGAUAACAGCAGGCACCUGGAUCUGGAAAGCAUCAUUGAGGAAGUCCGACGCCAGUACGAACAGAUUGCUCAGAACAGCAGGGCUGAGGCUGAGGCUUGGUACCAGAGCCGGUAUGAAGAGCUGCAGAGCACCGCUGGAAGGCAUGGGGACAGCCUCCGCAACACCAAGAUAGAGAUCCAAGAGCUGACCCGCAACAUCCAGAGGCUGCGAACCGAAAUCGAGAACGUGAAGAAGCAGAACCAGCAGCUGCAGGCCGCCAUUGCUGAGGCAGAGGAGCGGGGCGAGAUGGCCCUCAAGGAUGCCAGGAUCAAACUGGAAGAGCUGGAAUCCGCCCUGCAGAAAGACAAGGAGGAGUUGGCUCGCUUGCUGAAGGAAUACCAGGAGCUGUUGAAUGUUAAGAUUGCAUUGGAUGUUGAGAUUGCCAUGUACAGGAAGCUGCUGGAGGGAGAGGAGAGCAGGUAA